AUGCGUCGCCCCACGGGCUGCCCGCUGAGCCAGAUCUGCAUCCCCCCUCCCGCCGUCCUGGCGCGAAGCUUCCCCGUGGGAUCCAGCCUGGAUUCCUGCGGCACCGGCGGAAGCUUCCAGUGCCUCCCUCCCCGCGGGAUCCCCUGCUGCUACCCCGGCACCACCACCUAUGUCAGCCUGGGCGGCCUGGCCGCGGCCCAGGCCACCGGCUGCGCCAAUCCCUGCGGCCUGGUGGCCACCACGCGUGUCCCCCCAUGCUGCCAGGGCCUGGCCGGGGUCACCAGGACCUGCGGGAACCCCUGCUGCUGCUGCUGCCGGGUGACCGAGUACAGCACCACCAGGCGGGAUUGCUGCCAGGAGGUGGGCAAGAGCUCCACAGCCACCUGUCAGGACCCGUGUUGUCAGGAGGUCACCACGUGUGUCACCACCUGUCAGGACCCGUGUUGUCAGGAGGUCACCAAGUGUGUCACAACGUGCCAGGAUCCGUGUUGUCAGGAGGUCUCCAAGUGCACCACGACAUGCCAAGAUCCGUGUUGUAAGGAAGUCACCACGUGUGUCACCACGUGCCAAGAUCCAUGUUGUAAGGAGAUCACCACGUGUCAGAAUCCGUGUUGUCAGGAGAUCUCCAAGUGUGUCACCACGUGUCAAGAUCCGUGUUGUCAGGAGGUCUCCAAGUGUGUCACCACAUGUCAAGAUUCAUGUUGCAAGGAGGUCACCAAAUGCACCAGGACAUGUGUGGAGCCCUGCCGCAAGGAGGUCACCAAGUGUGUCACCACGUGUCAAGAUCCAUGUUGUAAGGAAGUCACCACAUGUGUCACCACAUGCCAAGAUCCAUGUUGUAAGGAGGUCACCAAGUGCCAAGAUCCAUGUUGUCAGGAGGUCACCAAGUGUGUCACCACGUGUCAAGAUCCAUGUUGUAAGGAAGUCACCACAUGUGUCACCACGUGCCAGGAUCCGUGUUGUCAGGAGGUCUCCAAGUGUGUCACCACGUGUCAGGAUCCGUGUUGUAAGGAGGUCACCACGUGUGUCACCACAUGCCAAGAUCCAUGUUGUAAGGAGGUCACCAAGUGCCAAGAUCCAUGUUGUCAGGAGGUCACCAAGUGUGUCACCACGUGUCAGGAUCCGUGUUGUCAGGAGGUCACCAAGUGUGUCACCACGUGUCAGGAUCCGUGUUGUAAGGAAGCCACCAAAUGCACCAGGACAUGUGUGGAUCCCUGCUGCCAGGAGGUCACCAAGUGUGUCACCACAUGCCAAGAUCCAUGUUGUAAGGAGGUCACCAAGUGUGUCACCACAUGCCAAGAUCCGUGUUGUAAGGAAGUGACCACGUGCCAAGAUCCGUGUUGUAAGGAAGUGACCACGUGCACCACCACGUGUGUGGACCCGUGUUGUAAGGAGGUCACCAAGCGUGUCACCACCUGCGUGGACCCCUGCUGCCAGGAGGUCUCCAAGUGCAUCACAACAUGUCAGGAUCCGUGUUGUAAGGAGGUCACCACGUGUGUCACCACGUGCCAGGACCCCUGCUGUCAGGAGGUCACCAAGCGUGUCACCACCUGUGUGGACCCGUGUUGUCAGGAAGUGUCCAAGUGUGUCACCACGUGCGUGGACCCCUGCUGUCAGGAGGUCACCAAGUAUGUCACCACGUGCGUGGACCCGUGCGGCAAGAAAGCCACCAGGGUCCUGACGCCGUGUUACGACCCCUGCUGCAAGAAGGUGACCAAGUGGAGCAGCCCGUGGGUGAUUCCGUGGUGCAAGAAAGGGGCCAAGUCCAGAUGUGGAGACCCCUGUUCCAAGAAGGGGAGCAAGUGCAGCUCCAGAUGUGUGGACCCGUGUUACAAGAAGGUCCCCAAGUGCCCCACCACGUGCCAGGAUCCGUGCUGCGUGACCAGGUGUGACCCCAGGUGUGUGGACCCGUGUUGUCAGGAGGUCACCAAGUGCAGAACCAGGUGUGUGGACCCGUGUUGUCAGGAGGUCACCAAGUGUGUCACCACGUGCCAGGAUCCCUGCUGUGCCACCAGGUGUGUCACUAGGUGUGUGGAUCCGUGUUCCAAGGAGGUCACCAAGUGUGUCACCACGUGCCAGGAUCCCUGCUGUGCCACCAGGUGUGCCACCAGGUGUGUGGACCCAUGUUGCCAGGAGGUCACCAAGUGUGUCACCAAGCGUGUGGAUCCGUGUUGCAAGGAGGUCACCAAGUGCACCACGACAUGCCAGGAUCCGUGUUGUGCCACCAGAUGUGUCACCAGCUGUGUCGAUCCCUGCUGCCAGGAGGUCACCAAGUGUGUCACCAAGUGUGUGGAUCCCUGUUGUGCCACCAGGUGUGUGGAUCCCUGCUGCCAGGAGGUCACCAAGUGCACCACGAUGUGCCAGGAUCCAUGUUGUGCCACCAGAUGUGCCACCAGCUGUGUCAAUCCCUGCUGCCAGGGAGCGACCACGUGCUGCCAGGGGGUGACCAGGUGUGUCACCACGUGCCAAGAUCCCUGCUGUGCCACCAGGUGUGUCACCCCGUGCCAAGACCCCUGCUGCCAGGGAGCGACCACGUGCUGCCAGGAUGUCACCAGAUACGCCACCAGGUGCCAGGACCCCUGCUGUGCCACCAGAUGUGUCACCACGUGCCAAGACCCCUGCUGCCAGGGAGUGACCACCUGCACCACCAUGUGCCAAGACCCCUGCUGCCAGGGAAUGACCACCUGUCCCACCCCGUGCCAAGACUCCUGCUGCCAGGGAAUGACCACGUGCUGCCAGGACGUCACCAGAUGUGCCACCAGGUGCCAAGACCCCUGCUGUGCCACCCCUCAGGGCUGCGGGGGCGUCCAGGUUGUCACCAGGUGCUCCGACUCCUGCUCCACCACCUGUGUCACCCAGACCUGCCCCAUCUGCGGCCAGCGCUGCCCUGUCUCCUGCUGCCCGAAAUUCCGGGCUCCCUGAGGGGAUCCCGCUCCCCUCGGGGGGUUUCCCCGUGGAAUCUCCAAGGGAAGAGUAAAUCCUCAAUUUUUCCUGGCGUUCUG